CAUCUCAAACUCGUCUCCCUGACUUGGUCUACUUGAUUACUUCUGUUUUAACCCUUUCCGUCAUCCUGUAGCCCGUCAUUGUGCUCGUGUCGGGGUUGAUGGCCACUCUUCAUGUCUACCUGACCUAAACCGAAUGGUGCUCGACAACACGCCAAAGAGCAGAUCUACGAGAUCGCAGGGUCACUACACUCGGCAGCAACAGCCUUCAUUCUCACUUGGCUCGGUUGUUAACGGCGACCCCAAGUACAUCGGACCAAGCAACCGACUUACAGAAGCCUGGGUUAAGGAGCAGCAAGCAACCUUCCCGGCCAACCUCAUCAAGCUCAAGACCGAGGCCAAGGUCACCGAGCAUCGGAUUCAGCACAUUUACCAGAUAGGAGAGGAGGUCACUGAGAACCUCGCGGCUUUCGGAGUAACAUCGAAAUAA